AUGGCGGAAGCUCCUGCUUUGUUCAGAGGGGCCUUAGACGUCUGUGACAUGCAAAUGAGCUACAUUGAGAGGAGCUUUUUAACGUUUGCUGAAAUGACACCCGGUUCAAACCACUCACUCUCCAGGAAAGGGAUUGAAACAAAUUGCUGCAUACUCUACAGAAAACCCAAAGCCAGGUGUGAGAAGAUCUGCCACUUUACAGAGUCAAGGACAAAGGAUCAGAGACACAUACAAUCUCCCUGCUUCAGGAACUGUCUGACUUUUCGCUUCAAGCGGGCGAGGAUGGAGCAAAGGGAACCAGCACUGGAUGUUGAAGGGUCUGAAGGAGGACUCAGGGAACUGGCCUCAAAGUGGUUUAUAGACACUCAGUUACCAAACAUCGUCCAAAACGGCUUCUUCCCCAGCUGGUUCCGGGGCUUCAUCACAAGGAAGAAGGCAGAGGAAAUACUCAGAGAAAAGGAGCUGGGCUCUUUUCUGAUCCGUCUCAGUAAAAAGGCCAUCGGAUACGUUCUGUCUUAUACAGGCAGGGAUCGGUGUCGACAUUUUGUGAUAAACCAAAAUGAAUCAGGGCAGUUUGUAGUGUUUGGCGACACUAAAGGGCACGACUCGCUCUAUGAGCUCAUAGAUUACUACCAGACGAACGCCAUUCAGCCUUUUGAAGAGUCCCUGGCAUCUUCAUGUUUUGAGGAACUUGACAAAGAGCUGUAUGACACCAUCCAGGUUAGCCCUAAAGAGAGGCCAGUUGGAGCUAUAAAGAACAUGCAAACACCAAAGAUUAACUCAGAGCAGCUUCCUGCACUUCCACCCAGGACACACGAGGAAGUCCCUCCUUUGCCUCGGAGGAGCAGACAUCUCGACAUUGGUCCGUCGAAUGACCCUGAGAAGGUUUUGUAUGCUCAGUGUAAGAAGCAAAAACCCAGGGAGAUACCGAGAUCCGAACUCAUCCGUCAGGGCAAUUUCCCUGGAGAUAAUCAAGUGAGAGCUGGGAGAUCAACAACUCAGGAUCAGAACAUGAGCAGGAGCAAUUCUCCUUCUGGACCAGAGUCUGUUUACUCUGAGCUCAGCCUGCUGGAUACCAAGUGCAGGUCUCUACCGCUCCUGAACCACAGCUGUGAGGGAGAGCAGUCUUACAGGCUGAGUGCACCCCCCCUCACGCCACCCAGACUUUCCCCUAAGCCCGUCAGACAAGCCACUUCCUUUAGUCCUCUGCCUGAGGGGACAGACUCGUGCAGCGGUCAGGAUCACAUGAGUGACGCUGCUGUUUAUCACCUGGCUGGCAGAGCUAGCAGCCCACACCAUGCUUCCUCUGGGACUGGAUCUUCAGAGCAGCACAGGGGGGCAGUGUACGCUGAGGUCUCAAAUAAAGACCACUUCCCUCAUACAUAUGAGCCAAUUCCUGGCCACAAGGACACAGACCCACCUGAACCCAACAGCAACACCUACGAACCUCUAAAGGACGUCAGACCCAAACAUGGUCACCUCACCUGGGGGUUUAAGAAUGAUAAAUGGAAAUGGCUGUUCCCUGAAGUCAAUAAGAAAUGGUGAAGAGCUUACCUUGCCAACUACUGAUGAAAUGUUCACCCACUUUCUCUACACUACAGUGGUCCUGCCUUACAUUCACUCUGUGAAAGAAUAUUUGUAAUGUGUUCAACCUGGGCCCUCAUGUGCAUAGUUUAAUCAAUGACAUCUUCUGUCAUUUGUAUUUCAAAUCUAUUUAUUUAAAGAAACACUGUAGUCUAUUUAUUUUU